AUCGCGGCCAACGAUGGCUUCGCGUUCGCGUUGGAGAGCUUCGUGGAGCUCAUGAAUCACGCGAUCAUAUCGUGGGACAACUUGGAGCCCAAAUUUAUCGGCAAAAUCGCACUUCAAGUGAACUCAUCGAACCUGUCGUCCGCUGACAAGAAAGAGCUGAUCCACUCGUUGGCUAUCUUGGAGUCGAUAGUGAUAUCGUCGACAAAGUUCAAUGUGUUGGUCGAGGCGGAGGUGACGCUACCGAACCUCAUAUAUCUUGUGUCCCAAAACCAACACAAUCAGGAGAUCCAGCAAAACUCGAUCGCAUUAAUCAACGCAUUGUUCUCGAAGUCGGAUCUCUCGAAGCGUAAGGCAAUGGCUGCCACUCUGUCCUCCAAACACAUCCGAAACGUUAUACUCACUAAUGUGUUGAAUCCGAGGGUCAGUGUCGGCACCGACUCGUCCGGACAGACGUAUAACGUGGGCUCAGAAAUGGCGCAUCAGUUGUAUGUCUUGCAGACACUGCUCUUCAAUCUACACGAAGAGCGCAUGAAUUCUGUGGUCAACACAUCCAACGAAAACGAACUCAAAGACCGUAUUCUGGAGUUACGAAAGACGGCCUUCGAUUCGGACAUCGGAGGCGUCGAACGGAACCAGUCGUCUAAGAGUCUGGUCUCGUCUUCGCUGAUCUCAUCCACAAAAGGCGACGCCUUUCAAGAAGACUACAAACGUCUGGGCUUUACGAACAGCAAAGACCCGGUGCAGGACUUCACGGAAUCGCCGGGUAUUCUAGCGUUGGAUCUAUUGGUGUAUUUGGCGCGCAAUCACACCGAGACGUACGUGAAGUUCGUUCUGGAGAACUGUUCCCGCAGUGAUCGCGAGCACGAGUGCCCACUCGUCAAGAGUACCAUUCACUUGACCCGACUCUUGUGCGAGACCCUGAAGGUGAGCGAAGCGCCCAGCGAUGAGGGAAAGACAUUCUACCCGAUGUUCUUCACGCACGACCACCCGCUCGAGGAGUUCUAUUGUAUCGCCGUUUCCCUCCUCAACAAGACGUGGAAAGAGAUGAGAGCGACGGUCGAGGACUUCGUGAAAGUGUUUUCAGUGUUGAGGCAACAGUUGACGCGCGCGAUGGCCGACCCCGAGUCGACCGUCACUUUCGACAAAUUGCGGCUCAAGUUGGCGUCGCUCUCCUAUUCGGUGAUCACAUCGUUGUGGCAAAAGGAGAGGAGUAGUCGCGAGGAGUGGGAGAACAAGGCGUGCGCUAUACUCGAGCUCCGGGAUAUGGUUAAGCCGGAGAUCAUUGAGCUGAUCAAAGAGCAGAGGUUGACAUUCCUGACGGACGGCACCCGUUUCGACAAGUAUUCAAACAAAGGUCAGCGCAUAAAAGACAAGUUCUGGUACUGCCGGCUGUCCACAAACCAGAAGUUCCUGUGCUAUGGCGACUGCGACGAGAAUAAAGCGCUUUCCGUGGAUGAGUUGACGCACAAGUUCGCCAUCAUCGACAUCAAACAACUGGUGAUCGGCAAAGACUGUCCCCAUAUGCGCGACAUUAAGAGCAAGAAGUCUACGUUUUCAUUGGCCUUUUCGCUGAUCCCGGACGCGGAACAGGAGUCUCCCCUCAACUUCGUGGCACAGAAUGAGAAAGUGUUUGACUAUUGGAUUGACGGCAUAAACGCGCUGUUGGGUCAGGAAAUGGUGAGCAAAGAGACGAACAAUGAUUUGGAGACAUUGCUGUCGAUGGACAUCAAA